UCAGAUUUAAUCUCUGACACGGGUAACUGACCGAUAGUCAAACUAUUAUCGACUGAGCAGUCAUAUUUUUAAAAGAAAACCAUUGCGCACCGUAAUUCCCAGCUGAGUCUCUGCGCCCAUUCGACAAACUCGCGGCGCGCAAGCUCGAAUCGAUCGGAACGGCGCCGACGUAUCUGCGCAUUGCAGCUGCCUGCUUUUGGUGUCACACUCGUUGGGCAAGCUAUACACAUCGAAUUCUCUCUACCCAGCAAAAUCCUGCAGGCAAGCUGAAGGAUAUCUAACCAAAAGCUCCGCAGUGUGCAAGAAGAGAUGGUCGAGUAGCUAUACGCCGGAGCUUGCGGCCCCUCUGAAUUCGCCGUCCUAUGCCGCGCGACUGAACUCAGCUCGAUCGACAUCUCCAAGCCGAAACGACGAAGGUGGAUCAUCGGCAGCGGCAGCAGGAUGAUCCUACCGUCGCAGGGUGGACGCGGCUUGGACUGCGACGCGAUGGGCCUCGGCCUCGAGGACAGCUACUUCGCCCUGCAGCCGUCGACGCUGAGCUCACCGAGCUCCGACGAGUACGUCGGCGGACAGUUUCUCGGUGAGCCCUCGCUCGAACACAAUCCCGAUGCCAGCUGUUCGAGCCUCUUCUACUAUUACUGGCAUAAACCCUACCGGACGAGAAAGCGAUGGAUCAUAGGUGGCUUCAUAGUGGCGGGCGCACUGCUGACGAUCAUCGUGGCCAGUAGUCUGUACGGCAGCAGCCAUGGGACUAAAGAGAUGGGCGAGCUCGUGCCACCCGACCCGGAGCAGCCGCCGCCGCCAUCGGCGAGCAAACCUCGAGCUUUCAAGCGGGCCGCCGUUUGCGCGGACGGCCCACCUUGUGCCUUCAUCGGCAAAUCGAUGCUCGAUCGGAAUGGAUCGGCAGUCGACGCGGCUAUCGCGAGUCUCAUUUGCAACGGCAUCAUCAACAUGCAGAGUAUGGGCUUGGGAGGCGGCUUUUUAAUGACCAUCUACGAGAGGCAGAACAAUCGCAUCUACGUAUUGAACGCCAGGGAGGCCGCGCCAGCUGCGGCUUACGCGCACAUGUACGAGGACAAGCCGAAAUUUUCAUCCCGAGUUGGUGGAUUGUCCAUAGCUGUGCCAGGCGAGCUUGCUGGUUAUUGGGAAGCCCAUCAAAGAUUUGGAAAAAUACCUUGGGCCGAUUUGUUUUAUCCGAGUAUCGAUUUGUGUGAGAAGGGUUACAACAUGACGAAGCACCAGUGGAACUCACUUGGCUAUAAUAAAACAAAUAUUUAUUCUGAUCCAACGCUCAAGGAAAUGUUCGUCGACCCUAAAACAGGCCAGUUCCGUAAAGCAGGAUCGUUGAUAAGGCCAAAAAAACUGUGUGAGACGUUGAAAAUAAUCGCCGAACAAAAUGCGACGGCAUUUUAUAACGGAACUCUGGGAAAAUAUUUGGUCGAGGACAUCAGAAAACGCGGGAGUAUCAUUACGAUGAAAGACUUGAACGACUACAGGGCCAAGUGGGAAGAUCCCGCGUCCACGGAACUUUACGGAGGUUACAAAGUUCACUCCGUUGGUGUUCCAGGAGGUGGAGCUUUACUCGCGUUCAUAUUGAACGUUCUGGAUGAAUUUCAUUUGCAACCGAGCGACAUCGCCGACACGAAUUCGACCAUUAAAACAUAUCACAAGAUAAUCGAGACGUUCAAAUAUGCGUUUGGUUUGCGAACGAAAUUGGGUGACGUGGAAAUGCCAAAGUUUCAGAAAAACAUAACGUCGAAAAAUUUCGCUCACUCGAUUCAGCGAUGGAUAAGCGACGAGAAGACGUACGGCGACGCAUCGCAUUACGGGGCCGAAAAUUCCGGCAACGGCGAGGAUCACGGAACCGCUCACAUAGCGGUAAUGAGCGAAAACGGAGACGCCGUGUCUGUUACCAGCACCGUAAACAUCUACUUCGCCAGUGGCAUCGUCAGCGAGAGAACCGGCGUACUGCUCAACGACGCCAUGGACGACUUUGGUCUACCGGGCAUAUUGAGUUAUUUCGGAUUGCCGUCCAACGAGAACAAUCACAUAGCGCCGGGCAAGAGGCCCCUGUCGUCCAUGAGUCCAGCCAUCGUGCUCGACCGUAACGGCGACGUCAAGAUGACCGUCGGAGCUGCCGGAGGCACUAAAAUCCCGACUUCGCUCGCUCUCGUGAUAGCGAGGUAUCUGUGGCUAGGCAACACGAUAAAGGAGGCGGUCGACGCGCCGCGAAUCCACCACCAGCUCUACCCGAUGCAGCUGUUCUACGAGUACGGAGUGCCAAAAGCAAUAGUCGAGGGCCUCAAGGCCAUCGGCCACAACGUGACCCGAUAUCGCGAUCGCGGCAGCGUCGUCUGCAUAUUGACGAGGAUCAACGGCACGAUUUACGGAAAUGCGGAUUAUCGCAAGGGCGGCGACGUUUACGGAAUCAACUGAGAAUGAUACGACAUAAUUUAGAAAAAUCGUAAAAUCUAUUCCUCCGCGCGCGAAUCCGAUAUCGGCGACCCGGGCGAAGAAAGUUUAUGAAUAUAAAGUUUCGCGUUGAUUAUAUGUGUAAGCUUUUUUUCGCGCCGACAACGACCUCCUCUUCCAAUUUUCACUCAAUUCUUCCUAGUUGCGAUUGUAUAAUGGUCAAUGAAUUAUCGAUUUUCGUAAAGUGACUCGUUUGUAAAUAAAAAAAAAUAGUAAUAAAAUUCAAGGCAGCGAUAAGCGCUGCAAUGAGAUAUGCAAGCACGCGACGAUCGCGAAUACUAUCUCGUUUCAAAAUAAAUAAAGAGUCAAAAUGUGCGCAGUCCAAAUAAUCAUUGUUUUUAUAGUAUUAUUUACUUUGUAUUUCGUAAGGAAAAAUGAAGAGUAUUCCGUAGAUUUGAAAGUUUAAUUGCAUAGAGAAUAAGAGAACUUUGUUCGACUGUUGACGGUAGUAAUAUUUAGUUUGUUGAAAAUAAAAUGGCCAAAAACCUACUUGAUUGUUCACCACCACUAUAGACUCAAUUCGAGAAGAUAGUAAACAAUUUUUAAUAACUUA